AUGGCAAAGUCGCUCCGCUCAAAGGUCAAGCUCGCUGCGCGCCGGCGCAAGGCCGUCAUGUCGCACUACGCCGUCGCGGACGCCGAGCGUACUGCUCGCAUUUCGUCUCGUAUUAUGGCCAAGGCUGGCACGAAGGAGGACGCAGAGGGGGAUGCUGCGAUGGGGGAGGGCGAUGAGGAGAUGAAGGAGGAGACCAAGAAGAUCUCGACUUCGGCACCCCGCGGAAGCCGCCGCGAGGAAUGGCGUAAGAGCAAGGGCAUGGAUGCUCGCCCGAAGCUCAAGGGCCAAAACAAGCACGGCGUCCCCAUUUCUCGGCACAAGGCUGGCAAGACCAAGCGCCGCCGCUAA